CCCUUCAACCUACGCUUCUGAGCUCGGAGGCGUGGUUUCCUUUCAUCUACGAUCGUAAUAUUCUUUCAGUGAAAGAGGAUUAUAGAGAGGAAAGAAGGCCAUUCACAGAAGUGGAGCAUAUCUCACCGCAUAUUCAUCUUCAAAGCGACGUUGUCCGGAUUCUUGAGAGUGAGGCGCUGAUAUGGCAGCUGCUACAACUGCCUCUUCUGCUGGUCCACGCUAUGCACCAGAGGACCCCACUCUACCCAAACCAUGGAGAGGUUUAGUUGAUGGUAAGACGGGAUAUCUUUACUUUUGGAAUCCUGAGACCAAUGUUACCCAAUAUGAAAGGCCUGCUGCCUCAUCUCAUGCAAGUUCAGCUCCAUCACAUAAGUCGUCUUCUGUAUCUAUAAGUUCUGCUGUUCAAGUUCAAAAAUCUUUUCAAGGACAACGUCGCAACGAUGAUGACGAUAAAUAUAGCAGAGGUAGCAAUGGUGAUUCGAAGCUUGCUUCUGGAACAAAAAAUCAUCAGAGUGCUAGAGGUGAAUCAGAUCAUUCUUACAAUGUUCCAAAUGGGGCAGUAGGUGCUGCACUUGGAGGGGCUUCUGCCAGGGGUUAUGGGUCAUCUGGUGCAGAAAGUGGUACAUCUGCAGAGUCUUAUCGCCGACGGCACGAAAUAACUGUAACUGGAGAAGAUGUGCCCCCACCUUUCACCUCAUUUGAAGCCACAGGUUUUCCUUCAGAGCUUCUUAGGGAGGUACACAAUGCUGGAUUCUCUGCCCCUACUCCAAUUCAGGCACAGUCUUGGCCGAUUGCACUUCUAAAUCGCGACAUUGUAGCCAUUGCCAAGACUGGUUCAGGGAAAACCUUGGGUUACUUGAUUCCGGGAUUUAUUCAUCUCAAGCGCCGGCGCAAUGAUCCUCGAUUGGGUCCAACUGUUUUGGUGUUAUCACCAACAAGGGAGUUGGCAACGCAGAUACAAGAUGAAGCCGUGAAGUUUGGAAGGUCAUCAAAAAUAUCUUGCACGUGUUUGUAUGGAGGCGCACCGAAGGGCCCCCAGUUAAAAGAGUUAGAUAGAGGUACAGAUAUUGUGGUUGCCACUCCAGGGCGUUUGAAUGAUAUACUAGAGAUGCGAAGAGUCAGCCUCCAUCAAAUUUCGUUUUUGGUGUUAGAUGAGGCAGAUCGUAUGCUGGACAUGGGAUUUGAACCUCAGAUAAGGAAGAUAGUGAAGGAGGUGCCUUCUCGUCGCCAGACCCUCAUGUACACUGCAACAUGGCCAAAAGAGGUUCGCAAAAUUGCAGCUGAUUUACUGAUGAAUCCCGUUCAGGUUAACAUCGGAAAUGUUGAUGAGCUGGUUGCUAACAAGUCUAUCACCCAGUAUAUUGAAGUCUUGUCCCCGAUAGAGAAGCACAGAAGGCUUGAGCAGAUAUUGAGGUCUCAAGAACCAGGAUCUAAAAUAAUUAUUUUUUGUUCCACGAAGAAGAUGUGUGAUCAACUUUCACGUAAUCUAACCCGUCAGUUUGGAGCUGCUGCCAUACAUGGAGACAAAUCUCAGGGUGAGAGGGAUUAUGUGUUGAGCCAGUUCCGCACUGGGAGGUCUCCGGUGCUUGUAGCCACUGAUGUUGCAGCUCGUGGGCUGGACAUUAAAGAUAUCAGGGUGGUUAUCAACUAUGAUUUCCCUACGGGCGUAGAGGAUUAUGUUCACAGGAUUGGAAGGACUGGGAGGGCAGGUGCCACUGGAGUGGCUUAUACAUUCUUCUGUGAUCAGGAUGCAAAGCAUGCUUCAGAUCUCAUCAAAGUUUUGGAGGGUGCUAGUCAGCGUGUCCCAAAUGAACUUCGUGAUGUGGCUUCCCGAGGUGGUGGGAUGGGCGGAUUCAGACGUCAAUGGGGUUCCGGUUCUGGUUCUGGAGGACGUGAUGGUGGCCGUGGUGGACGGUAUGAUUCAGGGUAUGGUGGAAGAGAUGGGGGAAGGGGUGGCUGGGGGAUGCCUCAAUCCUCAGAAAGAGGUGGAGGCCGUGGUAACUGUAGUGAUUCACGUGACAGGUACAGCCAUAGUUCCCAUAAUGGGCAUGAUGCAGAUGCUUCUGGGAGCUACCAUCAUAAGAGCUUCCAUGAAAGUAUGAUUCGAGCAGGAGACAAGCGCAGUCGCAGUCGCAGUCGUAGCCGGAGCGUUGAGAGGUAUGGCAAAGCUCCACCAGCACGCUCACCUGUCCGCAGUUUUCACCAAUCCAUGAUGGAGUUGGGUCAAUCACCCCCACCAGCUCAAAAUAAGCGUUCAUCACCAUAUAACAGUACCAAUACAUCAGAAUUCAUUAAUUCUGGCGAUCAGAGGGAGAAUUUCAGGGGAUCACAUGAUGGUGGUCCACAGGAGAAGGGAAGAUCACCACAUGGACAACAGGAUCAUGAAGGAUAUGCUGCCGUAUCUCGUCCACAUCUUGGAGAGGAAGAAGAGGAGGAAGGUAUGAUUCCAGCAGAUGAAGGUGGUGCAUAUUGAGCUGCUGAUGGGACUCACCUUCCGUCUUCUCCAUGAACAUUUCUUUAAGAAAAAAGAAAGGGGGGUUAUUUUUUUGGGGUGUUGUAUCACCUUCCAUCAUCUCCAUCAUUGGUAAGUGGUUGGUUCUUGCAAGUCUGACACUGAUCCUAUCAUGUGGUUGUUUUGUUCUAAUGUUGUAGUAGCUAUAGCCAAUGGUGGCGUUAUGACUGUAAUUAGCGGAAGCAGGACUUCAGGCAAAAUUUUGGCAAAUUUUAAUUAGGGCUGAACAAUUAGGAGAACCUGUCACUGCCAGUGUCUCUUUUGUAUUGUGUGUUCAGUCCGUCUAAAUCUCUGAAAUGCUUAAAAGUUGUAGAAGGAAGAAACAGUAAUUGAUACUUUUGUUGGAGCAUGGUUAGUGCUGUGACUGUGUACUGCACUGCCCUGUUUUGACCUAUUGUUUGUCCUGUUAAUUGAAAUUGACAUAGAUCCAGGAUGUCUAGUAAAAUGAUUGAUCGCUGUUUUGCAAUACAAGUUCAAGUCCAUUUGAGUUGAACCUUGUCUUUUUGAGACUGCUCGGCUGAUGGGUUGUCCCAUAGGCGGAAUGCAUUAUUCAUUCGUCUGUUUUUAAUGCAGUUGUUGUAUGCAGCUAAACUUUGACAGAUGGUUUUUGGAUGAUGUUCUCUGAACCACAGGGAUUUGUAGCAACCGUUCUAUACGAAAUGUACAGGUGCCUUUUGAUUACUAUGGUGGUAUUUCCCCUUUGUGUAAUACCAGAUGAUCCUAUUGACUAGCCGACCUUUUCGGGGCUGGCGGAAAAGGAAUUGUUAUUGGUGAGAUUCAAUGUCAUGGAUUCUAUUUUU